AUGAAACUGUUCGUUUUUCUUCUGUUACCGCACCUCUCUCUGAGUGAGGUUGGGCAGAAUUUUAAUAAGUGCAAGCAGUUCUUUUUGAGUAACAGCCCUCCUCAGUUUACACCAGCACUGAGCUCAUCAGCACACAUCUGUCAGUGUCUUUGGGACAACAAUGAUAAACCAAUUUAUCUUUAUGCAACUUUAUACAAUACAGCAUGGAGGAUCCCCAUCUACUCUGCGUAUGUGUUGAAGAGCCCACACAUGGGCAGGUGUGACGCCUGGUUCAUCGAACCUCAGCUGGAUAGUAUAAAUGAGCCAUGCAUGAGAGCUGAAGGACCCAAUAAUGGUAAUAAGCAGGCUGUGAAUAGUGACUAUGAAAAGUCUAAUUAUGACAAAGGUCACCUCUACCCGGUGCAGCACACAAACAAUCAUCUGUCCAUGCUGGCCACCUCCACCCUGACCAACGCCGCACCACAGGAUCUAACCUUCAAUCGGGGUCAAUGGAGUAAACACGAGACGGCUGUUAUUCUUGAUCUGCAGUCCUGUGAUGAAGCUUAUGUGGUGACUGGUGUAGUUCCUGAUACUAACAAAGGAAUUCCAACAAAUAAUCCUAGAGUUACUGUCUCAAAGUAUUACUGGAGAGCCACCUGUUGUAAACAGGGAUCAACAUUUAUAGGGAAGGGUUACUUCGGUCCUGAUAACAAUGGCAAAGUGCAGUCAUUACCAAUUACAGGACCUACAGGCCUACAGCAAAAGCUGAUCAACGAUUACCAAGUGACGUGA